AUGCGCGUUGACCUCAAUCUGAGGAGGGUCCGAGCAGUCAAACGAGUUGGGAAGAUAAGAAUGAACCUUAGAAUCAUUUCCUACUACCGGAUAAUGCAAGUCUGUCAGGUAAUUCAGUUUAUCUCUCGGUUGACUAUUUCUUCUCCCACAGGAGGGAGGGAUUGGGGGUUAUCCUGGGGGUAGUGUCUUGGGGAUGCUCUCUAACCGUUGACCUUGAGGGUAUCAUCUGCAUGUCAUGCUGCUUUUCGAACAGGGGCAUGUUAAAGUGAAACAUUAAAAAGGGUAUCAUAGUAAUAUCAGCCACUGUUUUUUUUCGUGAAGAAUUAUUAAAGCAUUGUUCACAUGUACUUCAAUGCCUGCAGAAACUACCCUCAUCUGGUUCGCUGAUCCUCAUUUCCGCUGCUAGCAUCACAUAACAGAUGUAUUUCCUUUGCUGCUCUGCUCCAUUUUCUUUUGAUAGUCUUGGUGUCGAGUGUCAUCUGUAGUUACUUUCCGCUUGAUCAGGAGAAAAAUGAACUCUUAUUGAAUUUCUCUGCUUGGCCCGCCAGGCUGAGUACUUCCGUCAGUUGCUCAAGCCUGUCACGUAG